AUGUCUGUUGAAAAUGAACCAUCAAGUGACAAAGAUACAAUUGAUUUUGGGUUUGUUGAAAGGAGUAGAGAAAAAGUGGUAGAUAUGGGUUUGUCAGAUUCAUAUUAUAUAACUGAAGAUUUGGAGUCUGAUGAGGAUUCAAGUAAUGACUACUCAGAUGAAGGAACUAAGAAAAAAUAUCUGUCAUGUUUUAUGCCUAAGAAGUUUCUGGACUAUAAGCGGGUUUUGGGUACCAUGUUCUCAACAAAGGAGGAGUUUAAAGAAGAAAUAGCCAACUAUGGUGUUAAUAAUGGUAGAGAUUUACACUUUAUAAAGAAUGAUAAGACAAGGGUUAGAGUGGGAUGUAAGGAAGGGUGUGAAUGA